UUCCAUACCUGUAUCAUUUGUCAUGAUAACAUGGAUUGCUGAUAGUAGAGUUUGUUUACAUGUGAUCCUUCAUUAGUCAAUGCUAUUGAUAUAGCUUUUGCAUUCAUUAUUGUAUACGUUUUAUUUUUGCAUAUAUGUGAAACCCUGCAUAUGGAUAAAACAGAUAAAUGUGAUAACAGCAACACCAUGCACCGUCCAGUCAGAAGAUUGUGUGUAAUGUUCAACCACCUGAGGGUGGCUGUACCUUACAGUACGACGUCACAGAUGGUUGACGAGGUCAUUCUACAGAGGAUUCAGGACUGUGGGGUGAUAACUCUCAACAGACCCAAGUCUCUGAAUGCCUUGAAUCUGAGCAUGAUCAGAAAAAUUAUGCCCCAGAUGACGGAAUGGGAGAAGGACCCAGCAAUGAACCUUGUCAUCAUUAAGGGGACAGGAGGCAAAGCAUUUUGUGCUGGGGGGGAUAUCAUUGCUGUCACAGAAGCUGGAAAACUUGGUGGUGACUUGGCCAAAGAUUUCUUCAGAGAAGAGUAUAUUCUCAACAAUAAAAUAGGUACAUACAAGAUCCCGUUUGUAGCAUUUAUUGAUGGAAUUACAAUGGGUGGUGGUGUUGGCCUGUCAGUCCAUGGACAAUACCGCGUGGCAACAGAGAGAACAGUGUUUGCCAUGCCUGAAACCGGAAUAGGCCUGUUUCCGGAUGUAGGUGGCGGGUAUUUUCUGCCACGUCUAGGGGGUAAACUGGGUGUUUUUCUGGCCCUAACGGGAUACCGGUUGAAGGGCAGGGAUGUACAGAAGGCAGGGGUGGCCACACACUUUAUACAGAGCAGCAAGAUGCAGGCUCUGGAGGAGGCCUUAUUGAAGCUGCCAGAUCCAAAGUCUCGUGAUGUUGCUCGCACACUGGACAGAUUUCAGACUGAGAGUACAGACAUACCAGACACUGACUUCUCCCUACGCGACCACAUGGGGGAGAUCAAUAGACUCUUUGAUGGAGACACAGUGGAGCAGAUCUUUGAGAACCUCAGGAAAGAGGGGUCUGAAUGGUCCCUCAAACAGCUGGAAGAACUCAAGAAAAAGUCACCAGUGUCCAUGAAAAUUACCCUGCAACUUUUAUUGGAAGGGCAACACAAGACCUUACAGGAAGAUCUACAGGUGGAGUAUCGACUGAGUCAGCAUUGCAUGGAAGACAAAGACUUCUAUGAGGGAGUGAGGGCAUUGUUGAAAGACAAAGAUAACAAACCAGUCUGGAAUCCAGCCACGUUAGCAGGUGUCACCAGAGAACAUGUGAACUGGUACUUCUCACCACUACCGCCAGACAGAGAAUUGAAGUUGUAAACCUUAGCCAGACUACAUUUUUUAAAUAAUUUUGUAAUAGGAUUUUUUUGUUUAAAUUUUUAUGAAUUAAGUCAUUGUCCAUGUGAUAAGUUGGAUAAGAGAUGUUUGUAAAAUCUUGAUAUUGGUUGUUAUUUUUAUAGAAAUUAAAUAAAUGAACAAGGCAAGGAGACAUUUUGUAAAUUAUAUUUUACUUUAAGCCUUUUAUUUAAAAUAAUUUAAUACAUUUCUUGUUUCAUUUAUUCCAAAACUUGAUUUUCAAUAUUGUAAUUGAAGAACAAAAUUGAGACAUUACUUACGCAUUUGGUAAUUAUAAUAAAGUUCUGAUGUAAAAAUACAGGGUUUAAACUUAUAUCUCUUCCCUUGCUAUCAACCAUUGUGCCAGUAUUAAGCAAGUAAAGCAUUCACUUUAAAGGGUUAAUUACAAAAGUUAAGGAUAAAAGCCAUAUGUCAGAUUGAUGAA